AUGGCUAAGAUCUCUGGCAAUUUUGCCAUGGCGUGUAUACAUGUAGCGAUUCUGUUUGUAUAUGUCAUGACAGUGGCAAAUAGUGCAAGGGUGAUGCCUCUACACCCUUAUACGCAGGAACAAGUAAAGCCCAUCUCCAAUAUCUUUGAUACUUCCAAGUAUGGUAUUUUACAGCUUGGAAAUGGCUUGGCCAACACUCCUCAGAUGGGAUGGAAUAGCUGGAAUUUCUUUGGCUGCGAUAUCGAUGAAAAAGUUAUCAAGGAAACAGCUGAUGCACUUAUUUCAACCGGUUUGGCCAAUUUAGGCUAUACUUAUGUGAAUAUAGAUGAUUGCUGGUCCAUGCCAUCACGGGAUUCAGAUGGUCAACUAGUUCCCGACCCUAAGACGUUUCCAUCGGGAAUUAAAGCUCUUGCCGAUUAUGUGCAUUCUGAAGGGCUCAAGCUCGGUAUCUACUCAGAUGCAGGGGAUUUCACAUGUCAAAAGCGACCUGGAUCACUUAAACAUGAAUAUGAUGAUGCAGCUCUUUUUGCAUCUUGGGGUGUUGAUUACUUGAAGUAUGACAAUUGUUUCAAUCUGGGCAUCGAACCAGAAGAAAGAUAUCCGCCAAUGCGUGAUGCCAUAAAUGCAACUGGACACACAAUAUUCUAUUCACUUUGCGAAUGGGGCGUGAAUGACCCUGCCUUGUGGGCAGGCAAGAUUGGAAACAGUUGGCGAACAACAAAUGACAUUAAUGAUUCAUGGGCAAGCAUGACCGAAAUUGUCGAUAUCAAUGACAAUUGGGCAGCCUAUGCAGGACCUGGUGGAUGGAAUGAUCCCGAUAUGUUAGAAGUUGGAAAUGGGGGCAUGACUUACCAGGAGUAUCGAGCACAUUUUAGCAUUUGGGCCUUGAUGAAGUCUCCACUUCUGAUUGGUUGUGACGUGAGAAACAUGAAUGCAGAGACAUUUGAAAUUCUAAGCAACGAGGAGGUUAUUGCGGUAAACCAAGAUCCACUUGGGGUUCAAGGAAGGAAAGUUCUUGCUUAUGGGCCUGAUGGUUGCUAUCAGAUUUGGGCUGGUCCCCUGUCCGGGCAGCGUUUGGUUGUUGCAUUAUGGAAUCGAUGUUCAAAAACAGCUACUAUUACUGCUAAGUGGCCUUCACUUGGACUUGAAUCUUCUUUCAUCGUCUCUGUAAGAGAUUUGUGGAAGCACGAGUUUGUUUCGCAGAAUUCCAAGUCCUCAUUCAGUGCACAAGUUGAUGCUCACGCCUGUGAAAUGUACAUUUUUACUCCGACGAUGGAAACUCGCUCGGCAACUUAA